AUGAGUAGUAAGGAAUGCUUCAAGUGUGGACGCUAUGGCCACUGGGCCCGGGGAUGCCCUAAAGGAGGAGGAGCUCGAGGGCGAGGAGCCAGAAGCCGAGGCAGAAGUUCUCAGUGCAGUUCCAGCAACCUACAAGAUAUCUGUUACCGCUGCGGUGAGUCGGGUCACCAUGCUAAGAACUGUGACCUUCUUGAAGACAUCUGCUACAACUGUGGGAGAAGUGGCCACAUCGCCAAAGACUGUAUCGAGCCUAAGCGAGAAAGAGAGCAGUGUUGUUACACCUGUGGCAGACCAGGUCAUCUGGCUCGUGAUUGUGACCGUCUGGAAAGGCAGAAGUGCUACUCUUGCGGUGAAUAUGGGCACAUUCAGAAAGACUGCACCCAAGUGAAGUGCUACCGGUGUGGCGAGACCGGCCACGUGGCCAUCAACUGCAGCAAGACAGGCGAAGUCAACUGCUAUCGCUGUGGCGAGUCCGGGCAUCUAGCCCGUGAAUGCCCCAUUGAGGCUACCGCUUAA